AUGCUUUCUCCUAGUGGCAGAUGCGGCCAGAUGAUUCAGCCAGUAAGAGUUUUUGCUAGAAGUGUUAGAACCAAGAGCAAAGGUGGCUUGCCACCGGCAGCCCAAAGAGUGGUCACCCAAUUGAGUGUGAUGUCCGCAAGCAGGAAACAGCCCAAACUACUGAAACUAUCGCGUGAAGAUCUCAUCAAACACCAGACUAUCCAGCGAUGUUGGUCGACUUACCAGGCGGAACUGCGGGUCGAGCGUAAUGAACAAUUAAAAUUGCAGUACAAGAGCACAAAGAAUGCCAUGGACCUUCUAGAACAACUCGAUCCAGAACUUUUCGAAGCUGCAAAUGCUCCCGAACACGGUAAGAGAUUCCCUCUAGAGCUAAAAGUGCCCACCGAAUUCCCACCAAGCAAAAUAUGGUACGGAGAGUACAAGAAGAAGGAUUAA